AUGGAACUGGCGCUCGCCGCUGCGGAUGGCACGGCGCAGGCCUGGAACGAGGUCUACAGGCACCCAGCCAGGUACGGUUGGAAGGCUUACUGCCGGAGAUUUCGCCAGGCUUGCCAGCUCGAGGAGCGUGCGCUCGCGGCCUGUGCCGAGCUUCGUCCUCUCGGUGAGCAGUGGCAGAAGAAGUACACCAAAGCCUGUGGUCUGGACGUGGAUGCCUGCGUCGGCAGCCUGAUGCUGGCUCUGAACGUCCUUCCCGGUGUGCGGACUCUGUCCUCCUGCAACUCGAUCCACGAGGGCGCCCACGAAGAGGAAGCCCUGGUGGCUUUUACUGCCGAGGCCGAAGAGCUUGCUCAGCAGGUUGCCGAAGCCGUGGGCCAGAGCCAUUUCCGAGAGUCCCAAGAGGGGGUCAUUCAACCACGGAUGGCUGGGGAGAAGGCCGUGGCCUUCAAAAGCUACAUCGUGUUCUCGGUGGCCACGAAGGCGGGCCGACCUGACGGGCUGCGGAGGCUGCAGGAGAUGAUGGCUGCAGCCCGGGCGGUCCAUUCCCUGGCCCGCCGGCUGCGGAGCGCUGCCGAAGCGACGAAGGCGACGGAGGCGUUGGAGAGACAGGAACCGCAAAACAUCCCAACCAAGCCAAGUGACGAGGGUCAAGGAGAAGGUUUGGAUGUGUCGCCUCUGGCGAUCGACUCACAGCUGAAGGUGAAGGCACUGAGGAAGCAGUGGAGCACACGGCACUGGGUUCAGCUGAGUCCUUUCAAUCCGAAGGAGCUUUGCAGUUUCCGUGACGAGCUGGUCGCUGAUCUCAAAGGCUUGCAGCCCAUCGAGACGUCACACACGCAGGCCCUCGUCCUACCACUCGAGGAGGCUGGCCCAUCUCCGGUGCUGCACCGGUUAGUAGAGACUGUUCGGGCACAGCAGUUCCGGAGCUUGGUGCAAAGCAUCACGGGCUGUAACGCUUUGACUUCGCAGAGAUGUGCGCUGGUGGCCAUUCCGCCUGAGGGGCACGUGCUUCCGCAGUGCUUUGCCGGCGAGCAUGCUAGGGGUGAGGUCGCCUUUGUCCUGUUUCUUCCGGAGGACUGGUGGAAGGCGGGAGAUGGUGGGCUAUUUGAGCUCUACGCCGAGAGUGGGAAACCGGCUGCCAGACUCGUACCGGAACCGUCCCUGCUCCUUUAUACAGCUGGGACCGGUGCCGCCAUCACCCGCGUUCUCACCGAAGAUGCACCACAGCUUGCGGUCCACGGGCUCUUGGCAUCACACGCAGCGGAAGAGGCGGCGAGCCCCUUCCUUGCGAACGACCUGAUCGUGCCGAGUCCAAUAAACGGAGGCUGCCGCCACCAGAAGUACCGGGCUCUGAACCAAUGGAUCUGCGAGAAGUUUCUGGACACGCAAUCGCAGACCGAUUUGAGGGCGCAGUUCGAGGAGACGAGCCACAUCAAACUCCCAGGCUUCCUAAACGAGAGGCUGGCCACACAGGUCGCGGCUGCCAUCGGCGAUGCCCGGCUGGAGGCGUGGCAGGAGGCGGGGCCCGUGCGGGUACAGCGCUGCCUGGUGCUGAGCGAAAGUGCUUCUGCAUGUCCCCUGGGCAGAGUCCUGGCUGAAGUGGGUAGCUACAUGGCUUCCGAGAGCUUCCUGCAGUUUUUAGAGGCCCUCACCGGAGUGACGCGAAGCUCCGCUCCCUCUCUGCAGAUCCGCUGUUUCCGGCCGGGCCUGGACUUCCAGCGGCCCAGGUGUACUCAGAGGCCUCAGCUGGACGUCAUCCUCGGCUUCGAGGUCGCAAGCCUCGCAAGCUCCAGGUCCCGGAAGAGAUCGAUGAGAUCGAUGGGGGGUGCGGACGGCUACGUCGAAGGAGACACUGCUCACCUGAGGACGGCGGAGGCCUCGGGGAUCCUCGCUGGGCCAGGAGGCGUUCCUGCUCCGCUCCCCGUGCUGCUGCGGCUUCCUUUGCGGAACAACGUGCUGCGACUGGUGCUUCGGGAUCCGAAGACGUCGCACUAUGUCGAGCCACUGCAGGCUUCGGCACCGACAAGUCGCUGGGAGAUUUCCCUCGCUGUGCCUGUGGAGGAGCUUCCCAGCAGUGGCGAGGAGGCAGAAGAGGCGACAGCGCCGCUGUCGCCGCCGCCCAGCAAGGCGAGGAGGCGGAAGCGAGGAAGGAGCAGACCGGCCACGGGCAGUGAGUUCAAAGCAACUCCGAGGAAGCGCCGCGCCGUG